UUUGGCACCGCCUCGGUCUCGCUGGCGGCCCGCGUUCCGAGUUUUGCCCUUGGCCCGUCUCCCGGUGCCGUUUGGUGAAGAAGCGGUUAGUUUGGCCUCCAGAGUGCAGAUAAUUAAAAAUGUCGAUUUUGGCAGCCGCUACCAUCACAGCACAAGGCUACAUGAAGCUGCCUUCUACAGAAUGAGACCCUCGGCCCAUCAAGGACAGAACAGCUUUGUUGGACAGAUGAUUGAUCCAGUAGAUGGCAAUUUGUUUGACAUUCCUGAUUAUGAACACACCCAGGAUGAGGAGUUUCAACCUCUACCUCCUCCAGCCUCCCCAGGGGGAGAAGAUGAAAAAGAUCUCGAGCACGGCGAGCCAGAAGGAAAAAACUCAUCGCAAACCAAGGAUUCGUCGAUGACCACCAGGAAAGGUGUUAAAAGGCCAAUGCCUAAACUAGAUGCUCAGAGGUUGAUUUCAGAGCGAGGACUUCCAGCUCUGCGGAGUAUGUUUGAUAAUGUGAAAUUCAAAGGGAAAGGUCACGAGGCAGCGGACUUGAAGAUGCUCAUCAAGAACAUGGAGCACUGGGCUCACAGGCUGUUCCCUAAACUGCAGUUUGAAGACUUUGUGGAGAGAGUGGAGUGCCUGGGAAAUAAAAAAGAAGUUCAAACGUGCUUGAAGCGAAUCCGACUUGACCUACCCAUUCUGCACGAAGACUUCCCAGGCAACGAAGGUGAUGAUGGUGGAAGCAACGGACUCAAUACAGCUACCGAAGAAGUGGAUAUUUUUUCGGAGCACCAGAAUGCGAGAGAAGAAGUGGUUUCAUCCCCGACUGCCACUCUGACCGAGGAGCAACAGCAGAGAAUUGAAAGGAACAAACGGAUGGCACUCGAAAGAAGGCAAGCAAAACUGCAGCUUAACAGCCAGUCGCCCAAAGAAAAUGAGCUGCCUGUGGUCCAGCCAAAUGAAGACUGUGACGACGUUCCCACUCAGGAACAGGAGGACCUGACUGCGGUGGAAGCAGAAGGCUUGCCUUUUCAAGCUACUGAGAACGAGAUGCAAGGUGGACACGAAGAGGAUGAUAAAUGACCUUCAACUGUUUGGGAUUUUAAGGGACCGAAAGACCCGUCUCACUUUGAAGGAGUGGUAGCAAAGUCCUGCAUUCCUUGCUGUUUUCGCACGGAGUUCUUACUGGAUCGACUUCGGAUGCUCCUGUUGGGCCGUUUUACUGGCCUUUGAGUGAGAGAACAGAUUCUGAAUUGCGGCGCCAUCUGGUCUCUUGCCUACCUGGCUUUUAGGAACUGUGGGGUUUUUACAGUUCUAGGGCCGUAGCUUGGAACUGGCAGGGUGAAAGUAACCACCCUGAUUUCUCUCAGCUAGAAAGCAACAUGGUCACGAUAAUGCUGACCACACCGCCUUGGAACGGAACCCGUAUGAUGUCUUUUUUAAAAAAAAAA